UUCACCAUGUUGGCCAGGCUGGUCUUGAACUCCUGACUUCAUGAUCUAUCUGCCUCAGCCUUCCAAAGUGUUGAGAUUACAGGUGUGAGCCACCAUGGCCAGCCUUUCUUUUCUUUUCAAAGCCACCCUUGGUGAUGAAAUGUAAAAUAUGCACCAGUGAAUAUUACUUUGCUGAAUAUUGCCUAGUGAAUAUUAAGUAUUUAUUCUCACCUUUCAGACAUGAACUUAUGAAUUCAACACAUGAAGACUUACAACUUGAUAAACCAGCUUUAGGAGCUGAAGCCUUGGGGAGCACUGAAGCCAAGGCUGUACCAUACCAAAAAUUUGAAACACAUGUGAAUGAGCUGAAUGUGGAAGGACUACCAGAAAACAUUCCUUUCAGAAGCCCCUCAUUACAUGGAAUCCCAAGGCUCGAAAACAUCUUUCAAUUGGGCAAUCGAAUUAAGUUUGUUAUUAAGAGCUUGGUGAAAGGUAGAUGUCAUACGUGAGAAGGCGGUGGAGUCAGGCACAUGAUGGAGCCUCGAAGAGUGGGAGGUGGCACCUGGCUGUGUGAGGAGGGCGUGAAGUCAUCCAUGGGAGGAACAGAUGCCAGCAAAGGAGGUGAGGAUGCGCAGAAGAGGAGGCUGAGCAGCAAGUGAAUAGAAGCGCUCAACCUCAGAGGAGGAGAGUCCCAUGUCUUUAUUGGUAGUAUUCUAAUGUGUUCAUACUGGAGUUAUUUUCUGUGGCUGAAUGGUUCAACUACUGAAAUGGGUGUGGGGUGGGGAACAACUCCUACUAAACCUUUGAG